GGAAUCUAUAUCAAUAUCCCAGAGACAAGUCAGCAUUCUCCGAAAUGUCAAAUAAAAAUAUGAAAGAUUCUAAAUUGGACAUCCAAGCGAUAUCGGAUUUGGCAGAGUGGAUUGGAUUAAACUAA